UGUUGCCCCACUAAGUCCCCAAUCACUCACUCUAUAAAAUUCCACACCCUCUUCUCACAAACAAAAUAACUGCAACCUUUCUGAAACAGAGCAUGGCUCCUCUCACAUUCUCCUUCUUCUUCAUCCUUAUCUCUUACAUUUCUUCAUCGUCAGAAGCGGGAUCAAUCGGAAUAAACUAUGGAAGAAUUGCGAACGACCUACCUACACCGGCGAAAGUGGUGGAGCUUCUUAAGAGUCAGGGGCUGAACCGUGUGAAGCUCUACGACACCGACGCCACCGUCUUAACCGCGUUUGCCAACUCAGGAAUGAAGGUGGUGGUUGCCAUGCCAAACGAGCUUCUCGCCAACGCCGCCGCGGAACAGUCCUUCACCGACGCGUGGGUCCAAGCCAACAUCUCCAGCUACUACCCCGCCACGCAAAUCGAAGCCAUAGCCGUGGGAAACGAAGUGUUCGUGGACCCGAACAACACGACAAAGUUCCUCGUACCCGCCAUGAAGAACGUUCACGCUUCUCUAGUCAAAUACAGCCUGGACAAAAACAUUAAAAUCUCCUCACCCAUCGCACUCUCGGCGCUCCAAAACUCGUUCCCCGCCUCAUCCGGUUCCUUCAAAACCGAACUCCUCGAACCGGUUAUCAAGCCCAUGCUCGACUUCCUCCGCCAAACCGGUUCCUACCUAAUGGUGAAUGCCUAUCCGUUCUUCGCUUACGCUGCAAACUCUGAUAAAAUCUCUUUAGACUACGCGCUGUUCAAGGAAAACCCUGGCGUGGUUGAUUCGGGUAAUGGUUUAAAAUACACCAACUUGUUCGACGCUCAAAUCGACGCCGUUUUUGCUGCCAUGUCAGCAGUCAAAUACGACGACGUUAAGAUUGCAGUUUCGGAAACUGGUUGGCCUUCUGCUGGGGACUCUAAUGAGAUUGGAGCCAGCCCCGACAAUGCGGCGUCGUAUAACGGAAACUUGGUUAAGCGCGUCUUGAGUGGGAGUGGGACACCCUUGAAGCCCAAUGAGUCACUCGACGUUUUCCUCUUCGCGCUUUUCAAUGAGAACCAGAAAACGGGUCCCACAUCGGAGAGGAACUACGGCUUGUUUUAUCCAAGUCAGAAGAAGGUUUAUGAUAUUCAGCUCACGGCGGAGGCGCCACCGUCCGGAGUUGGGAAGAGCCAGGUUCCGGUGAGCGGUGACGUGACGACGUCGUCUAAGGGCCAGACGUGGUGCGUGGCGAAUGGCGGUUCUUCGGAGAAGAAACUGCAGAACGCUCUUAACUACGCUUGCGGAGAGGGUGGGGCUGAUUGCACUCCCAUUCAGCCAGGUGCCACGUGUUACGAUCCUAACACUUUGGAGGCACAUGCUUCCUACGCUUUCAACAGUUACUAUCAGAAGAUGGCACGUGCAUCCGGCACGUGCUAUUUUGGUGGCACUGCUUAUGUCGUCACUCAGCCUCCCAAGUAUGGUAACUGCGAAUUUCCCACGGGAUACUGAAAUGAUGGAGAUGGAGUGUUUUUGGUGAAACCUUAAUUGAUUUGGAUUUAUCUGGAUUUCGCGGGAGUUUUUAGGAGCUUUUCCAUUGGUAGCACGUGUUUAGGCUUUGAGAAAUAUGCGUUAGCGUUACUGUUUGUAAUAAAUCAUUAUGAUGAUUACUUUGUGGGGUUAUUGAUUUCCUUGACUCAUUUAUUUGUAAUUAUCUCUAUUUUUUAAUGAAGAAUAAUAUAGAAUACAUUUCUUUUGAA